AACAAAUGUGUGGCUAACGUGGGGAGUCUUGGCCUUCGUAUCCUGUUGCAGAGCUUGACUACUUCUCCACUCAUAGGAGUCAUGCAUGAAGGCUAACAAUUGAAGGAUUUUCUCUAAAUUUCUCUAAUUUCUAUUAAGCCGUCAUCAUCAAUCAUCAAACGGGUUUAGCCGUUUGGGUGAUUCUAUGAUCCUGAAGUCCGAUUUCCAGAUUUUCACAACUUGGACUGGGACGGUCCUGGGUUAUAGGGGGCAACAGAUUUUUUCUGUUGGGGGCAAUUUCUUGGAUUCCUAAUAUUUAUUAAGAAAUAUAGGAGUUUAGUGAGCCUUUAUUGGGGGCAGCUGCCCCCCCCCCCCACUGCCUGUGUAGAUCCGCCCCUGUCUAUAUGCAGCCGCCUCCCUCGUGCGUAGGGUUUCUUCUCUCGGUGCAAUCUUUUGCGACGCAAUUUGAUCGACGGAUUUGGGGUCUUCGUUCGCAGCAAAGCAUCGGGCUCGGGCUUUUUUGAAGGGAAAGAAGGCAGGGCCAGCUUUUCGAUCCCAAUAGGUCAUCAUUUGAUCAUGGCAGAGAUGGAGGAAAUGGUUGUCAAGUGUGAUAACAUGGUGCUCGGUGGUGAUGAGGAAGAAUUGAUUCUGGACGAGGAGGUCGAUGGCGAGGAGGAGGCUUCGAAUCGGAGCAAUACCUUUCCGGUGGUUGGCACUGUUCACACGGACAUAAAAGUGAAGUUUCCAAUGCUCAGGGAUCUCAUGGCGUCUAUCUGGCGCCCCAGCCGGUAAAGAAAUAUCUAUCAAAGAGAUAGGCGAGAAAAGACUCAAGCGGAAGCUCUCUGAACCAUCUGGGAAGGAAACAAAGUGUUACAAGUGCCAGAGAUGAGGCAAUUGGACCCGUGGGGGGCCAAGGAGAGCGGCACCGAAGCUACUCGAGGACUUUCAGGGGACAACAUGGAUUUGGAUCUGUCAAAACAACGAAGAGGGGGCGGGUCCAGACCUCUAGGGUCGGAGGAUGUUUGUCAGCUGUGGGAGGAUGCAGGUGGGUUUCCACUACUUUAUUUUGUUGUCUUUGUUUAUUUUGAUCAGAUUAUCGCUAUUUUUCCGUUGUUUUUAUUUCCGUCAGACUCUUACAUUAGGUUGGGGCGAUGGGGGGCUAUUCUUAGCACGUCAGGCUCAUUUAGACCCACUACAGGAUCAGCGAACCAUAUUGUUUUGUCUAGGGUGAUUGCUUCUAAGUCUGGUUCGAGGGUCGGUGGUUGGAAGGGGUCCUUUUAUCUUCUUGUUCCCUUGCUGAAUGGUUUGAUUUCAAUUUAAGUCGCUUUGUUCCAAAAAAAAAGUUUCUUUAAUAGCAAAUUUAUCAAGAUCUUCCGAGACAAAAUUAACUUUUCAAGUCUUCUUUUCUUUUAAGCUUCUCAUAUUCAGAUGAGUAUUUCUUUGGAAACAUAAUUACCACCGUCUACCAAUGAUUGAAAUCCCCCACUAAUCCUUCACAUGUUUAAAAUAUACUUAAGAAUUUGGAUAAAACCAUGAAAUUACGAAAGACUAAUUGUAAACCAAAACAGAGAAAUAAGCAACUAUCAAUUAAAUACAAUAACUAAAUAAAUAAGUAAAUAAAUAAAUAAAUAAAUAAAUAAAUAAAUAAAUAAAUAAAUAAAUAAAUAAAUAAAUAAAUAAAUAAAUAAAUAAAUAAAUAAAUAACAACAACCUAAUCAAGUAAUUAGCAACUAAACGGAAAAAUUAACAAACUUUCCAAAAGGGGAGGCGAGCCACAAUCCACAGAGGCGCAUUCCAGAGCAGGUAGAAGAGUUGAGAGCUUGUGGCCAUGGGACACUGAGACGCAGAAGGGUUGUUCAUUGUCGGGCUGAGGCCGUUGAGCCAGUGAGCCUCCACUGGGGGCCGUGAGUCCGUCCGCCGUCGCUCCCUGGUUUGGCUACUCGGUUUUGUGGCUUGUUUCGGCUCGCUUCACUCGCUUGAAUUUCCCACUUUCAAUUCGUUCUUCACUUUGGAUUCGCUCUUCUUUUUCGUUCUUCACUUUUGGAGUUGUUUUCUCUUCUUUGGAUUUGGGCUGCAGCCGUACAAUACUACUACUUUUUUUUUGGAACCUUCAAAAAUAAUUGGCCCUGUGUGAAUGUGCUGGCUGCACAUGCUUAGGGCCGGCCCUAUGGUAAAUAUAUAAGAAAAAAACCAUAUGCUAAAAGUGGGCAAAUUCAAGAUAGGAUAAAAUUGUGAAAUUGGUAUAAUCAUGUCUUCUCUCUAUUCCAAAAAUUUUGUCAAAUUUUCUUAUUUAAUCGUCCUAAAAAGUCCAGUCAUUUCCUUUAAAGUAAAAAAUGUAUAGUUCGUGUUAUUUCUUUCCCUUCUACACAAAUUUUAGCCUUUUAAAUUUAUUACUCCAUCUGCCAAGCUUAAGGUUCUCAGAACUAUUUAGGAUGUCCGAGGUAAAGGUUUCUUUUUCUAUUUUAGAAAAUAAUAAGCACUUUUCAAUGUCAAUUUAAUCGAUAAUUAUUAAAAAUAAUACACUCAUAACAUUGCAGUUAUCAGCCAUGUCCUCAUUAUAUCAUAUACUCGUCAAAAUAAAUUUUCAAAAUAUACUCAAAUUAUCUUAUAAUUAUAGUCUAAAUAACUGUGUAAUUUUUCAGUGAGAACCUUAACUCGAGAAGAAGGUAGGAUAUUAUUCCAUGUACCGGUCCAAGUUGGCAAAUGAUGAUUUUUAUAGGAUGAGACAAUGUUCUAAAAGACGCACGGUGUGACAAGGCCAAGCGUAAGUCAAGCCUAGGAUGGAAUAGGCAUAAUUUAGGCGUGAAAAGACAUUUUAAAUUUGUACCGAUAAUUACAUAGUUCUAUUUUAUAGUGAUAUGUGAACGAAGAGAAUAAAUAUCUAAAAAGUAUUACUCCCUCCGUCCCGCUAAGAUCAUUCCAUCUUUGAUUUAUGGUCCGUCUUACUAAGAUUGUCUCGUAUCAAAUUUGACAAAGUUUGAGUGUUUGUAGUUCAUUUUUACUUUAUUAUAUUUCAGCAAUUCAAUAUCAACUACAUAAACUCACUUUCUUAAUAAUCAUACCACCUCCUCGUGUCCCAAUGCUAGUGAAACAGAGGCAGUACACAAUAAUGAACCUAACUUUGUUCAAUAAACACAAUUUAAAAUCUAUAAAGUGUAAAUACAAAACGAUGUAUUGUGUCCUUUUACUACUCUGUAUUAGAUUUUAUUCCUAACAUGUUUAUAAAAGAAAUUUUGUAAAUGUAAUUAACUUUUUCUUUGUAAAAUAAUUUACCUAAAAAACAUCUGCCUUUUCACGCCCAGACUUAUGCAUUUUCACGCUUUUAACGGUCAACUCUUCAUUUGAUCGCCUUUUUACCACCUUUCUACUAUGCGAGGCUUUCUGUUGUUGCAGCAUCACGGCAAGGCCCUGCUUUUUUCUUCUGCUUUUUAAAACUUUAUCAAAAUAGAUCGAUAGGAGGAAUAGAAAAGGAAAAACUGUAUAAUUGAAUUAAAAUUUAUAUAGACGAAAUUCACAAACAUUUCAAAUUUGACUCCGAACUCGAGUAGAAUUUGAUCCAAUCAUAUCUUCUUGUAUUUUGUUCUGUUUAAAGCGUUUUCUAAAACUCGUCUUCCGACAUCGGAUUCAAAAGAGAAAUAAUAAAAAUCACCAUUUAAAUGUUAAUUAAGGGAGGGGGAGUAGUAAAAUUAAAGCUACGCCAGUCAGCGGCCUCCAUGGCUUAUUGUGGGAAAGAGUGGUAAUUAUGUGUGUUUGAUUAGGGUAGUCCAUAUCCAACAUAUUUAGAGCCCGUUUGGUAGCACGAAAAUUGGCUGUUUUGGCUGUUUCUGCUGAAAUUUAUGAAGUUCUGGCUGAAGUGGCUGUUUUGGCUGAUUCUGCUGAUUCUAGAAAAAAAUAUUUCAAAAAUAUAUUUUAUUAAUAAAAUAAAGAAAAAAUUACAUGUAAAAAUAGCUAAAAUGGUCAUCUACAGUAACUUCAGCCAAUACAGCCAGAAAAGUAACUCCAACCUUACUUUUUCUGCUUAUUACACAAUUCAGCACGCGAAAGUAAAAAUUACGUGUUUGGUGAAAAAGCUGGCUGAUAAGCCUGAUAAGCCGAAAAAAGGGGUUUCCAAACGGGCUCUUAAAGUCAAGAUUUGGCAGAGAUGCUAGUUAGAACCCUCCUGUCUAUUUACACAGUUCUGAAUGGCAGGAUGUAAUUAUUGGCCCGAAGGCCAAUGGCAUAUUUACGGGAUACGCCUAAUGGACUUGACAAGCGUUCAAUAAAUGGGUAGAAUGAUUCUGUCCGGUCAUCGUCAUUUGGGGUGGUUCCCAGUUGAAUAUUUUGAUGAAUUUUUUUGAGCAUCUUAUUCAUCAAGUCUAAUUUACUCAUACCAAAUUUCAGCUGAAAAUUCAAUCGGUAAGGCAUUCAAAUGAAUUCUUGAAAAUAACUGCGCAAUUAGAAUCACAGUUAUCUUCAAGAAUUCAUUUGAAUGUCUUCCCGAUUGAAGUUUUAGCUGAAAUUUGGUAUGAGUAAACUAGACUUGAUGAAUAAGAUGCUCAAAAAAAUUUAUCAAAAAAUUCCACCAGGAACCACCCCAAAUUACGAUGGCCCGACAGAGCCUCCUAAAUAAGGGCUUAUUUGAUCUUUUUUGGUUAGUACAUGGGCUUAUUUGCACCUUUUCCCACCCAACAAAAUACAAAUAACUUUUCAUUUGGCGGAAUUUUGUAAUAUUUCCUUCGGUUAACAUUUGGAUGAGAGGGAGGCACGCAAACUAAUAAAAAGUGGGUUAUGUGGGAGUUAUGUGGUUGAUAUUGAAUUGAUAAAGUAAGAAUAAAGUAAGAGUAAUUUGGAGCCACACAAAUUUUGCCUAAUUUGGUAAAAGACAAUAUUAGUGGGACGAACCGAAAAGGUAAAAUGGGACAAUCUUAGCGGGACGAAGGUAGUAAUAAGAAAAAGUAAGAUUUCAAUUAUUUUUAAACUUAAAUCAGCAGAAUAAGUCAAUACAACAACUUCAGACAGAACUUCAUAAAUUUCAUCAGGAUAAGUCGAUUCAACCGAUUUCAGUGUAACCAAGCGGAGUCUAAAACUGUAACCUUUUAAAUUGGAUUAUGCUUUUUGAAAGAAAAUUGUGAUUAUGCAUAGAUUCUUCAAUGAGUUUAUUAAUAUUGAAAUUCGUUAAAUGAGUUGAAUGUAUUGAAAUUGACAAACUCAAUACUAAAGUCAUAGAAACCAUUGAUAAAAGUUUAUGGAGUAUGAAUUUUUUUACUAAAUAUGCAAAAAAAAUUAUUAAUAAAAUAAAGAAAAAUUAUAUGAAAAAAUAGCUACAAUAUUUCAUUUCAACAAUUUACACCAACUCAAUUUCAACGUACUCAUUGUGAUCACUAUACAAUUCAUAAUGCAAAAAAAAGUUAUGUACGGAGUAUUUAAUACAAAAGUCCACUGAUAAGGCAAAGUAGAUACUAAAGAGUACUCGUAUUAUUUAACAAAAAGGCUACUAGUACUCCCUCACUUCUAUAUUUAGGGAGUAUUACCUCCGUCACACUAACAUCAUAACAAUAGGAUAUGAGACUGUUAUUAACAGAACUGAGUUUAUGUGCUUGAUAUUCAAGUGAUAAAGUAAGAAUAAUGCAAGAAAGAUUUAGAAUCAUAAAAGUUUUACUAAAUUUGGAAUUGUACAAUCUUAAUGGGACGGUUUGAAAAGGAAAAAUAAAACAAUUUUAACAGAAAGGAGUAUUAUUUAUCUAUGCGUUUUUUGUGAGAGUUGCUUCAAAUAGUAUGAUCAAUGUUCUAAAAGGCUCUAGGCGCUAAUCGGGUGCCAGCCCAAAGCUUAGCGCCUAGGAGGCUAGGCGGGCCGCUUAGACGGGCGUCUAGGCAGAGACUAGUCGGAGACACAAUUUUUUUUAUCAAUAUUUUUGCAUAAAUAUGAUACAUGAUGCAUAGUAAAUUAAUACGGUAGUAUCAUGUUUAUGUGUGUGAAAAAUACACACACACAUAUUAACAUGCAUGAAUGGUAGAAUUAUGAC